AUGAGCCCCCCGCUCUCCCCGCAGCCCGCUGCGGCGCCAGCCGACGGCUUCGCCUCCUCAGACGAUGAGGCCGCCGAAGAGGACCCGAGCCCGCUCCACAUCUCCUGGUUGUCUUUGUCUCCUCUCUACUCUUCAGAGUUCCUGGGAUUAUGUUCCCUUCCAGGUUGCAGGUUUAAGGAUAUCAGAAGAAAUCUUCAGAAAGAUAUAGGAGAACUGAAGAGCUGUGGGAUCCAGGAUGUCUUUGUGCUUUGCACCAGAGGAGAGCUCUCAAAAUACCGAGUACCAAACCUGAUGGACACCUACCAACAGCACGGGAUUUGUGUGCACCACCACCCCAUUCCUGAUGGGAAUGCUCCUGACAUUGCCACCUGCUGCAAGAUCCUGGAAGAGCUCAGAACCUGCCUGGAAAAUAAGCAGAAAACAAUGAUACACUGUUAUGGUGGCCUUGGACGCUCAUGUCUUGUGGCUGCAUGUCUCCUGCUCCAGCUUUCGGACACCCUAGCACCUCAGCAGGUGAUAGAGAGCCUCAGGAACCUGAGAGGAUCAGGGGCCAUCCAGACUAUCAAGCAGUACAACUUCCUCCAUGACUUCCGGGAGAACCUGGCUGCACACCUGGCAACAAAGGAGCCGGUGCUGAGAUCGGCAUCGCGGUAG